UCAGUUGGUCGUUAUCAUUUGGGAGCGAUGUCUUACUCUGAGACACAAAUAAAGGUAGAUAUCUUACAAUUUUGACACUUGACACCUCUAUUUAAAUUUCAGGGCAAAUAUAUUCGAAUGCACCAAGCCAAACACUUGCAAAUAAACAUAUGGCCACUAGAUUGCGCUGAAGAAUAUGUUUUCUGAUUGAAGGCAAUUUACCUAUUUCCUAAGAAACCUUCUCUUAUUCAUUGAUUGAAAAUACCAUGUUUAGUUGCAAACUUUGGCCCAGACACUGGGUUAUCUGUUUAUGGUGGUUUUAUUCGACCAGAAUCAACUUUGUGGACAAAAAUCUAAGGUAAUAGGCCUACUUAAUUUUUGGCUGUUAAAAGAAAAGGGGACGUUUCUUCUUAAGUUGUUAUUUGCGAGUUUUAGUCACAGAAUGAUAUGGUUUGGACUGUUGGAAUAAGUGGAGGCUCAGCUUUCAUGUAAUAUAUAGUUUGUGAGGGUCCAAUUUCGUGAAAAAGAUCGCUAUUGCUGUGCAUGUGCACAGUUAUGAAACCCAAAACCGCGUUCUUGCAUAUGACUUUCCUUGGUAAUUUGCCUCAAUCCAAAUUACUUCCAAGCUGCACUCCUCCAUCACUACUAAAUUUUCCUUCUACCUAAACCGUUCGCGGAGGCGCUGCACUUGCGAUGCUAGCUUUGUUGGCUAACCUUUAGCUAACACCUUCGAAUCACGGCCAGAGAACGCACUGCGAGUGACAGAAGGCGGGGCUAUGUUCGCACUGAAGCGAUGCGUGUCUGUUGACUCGCUUUCCGAGGUAAGAGAAGACGGCGCGCUGAUCAAUUGCAGAUAUUUGGUGUUAUUUUGCGGCAAAAAAGGUUGUUCUGCAGUUUCUAAAAACAUUUGAAUAAAUAGCCUUUAUAUUAACAUCCACCCAAAAUCCACUUGCCCGUUCGGGCAACCAGAAAUCAAUCUCAACUUGCCCAAAUAUGACUUUUGGUUGCCCCGGGCAAGCGGGCAACCGUUAAUGUCGAGGCCUGAAUAUAAUUCUUCCAAUGCACACACAAGUGUGUACAUAGUACAUACUGUAUCCCUUUGUGCAAAUAAUGAAUUAAAACCAUUACUUUCUCUCCGGCUUUGUUUUCCUCUCUGAAGAAGACGUCAAUGACAUCAGAGACUGCAGCAAGCAGCGCGGCGCCACCUCGGAGAGUCUGCGUGUGGACGCCCCUGGCUCCUCCCACAUGUCAAUUCACAGCGGGGAGCUGCGCAUCCUGAGCGUCUACGGACAAGGGGAGGGCCCACUGGCGGUGGAAAAGCCCUACAAGUGUGACCAAUGCAAGAAGCGCUUCAGUCGGAAAGGCAACCUGAAGAUCCACCUGAGGACUCACUCUGGGGAGAAGCCCUACAAGUGUGACCAAUGCAUGAUGCGCUUCAGUGAGAAAGGCACCCUGAAUAAACACAUGAGGAGUCACUCCGGGGAGAAGCCCUACAAGUGUGACCAAUGCACUAAGUGCUUCAGUCAGAAAGGCACCCUGAAGAUCCACAUGAGGACUCACUCUGGGGAGAAGCCCUACAGGUGUGACCAAUGCACGAAGUGCUUCAGUGAGAAAGGCACCCUGAAUAGACACAGGAGGAGUCACUCUGGGGAGAAGCCCUACAAGUGUGACCAAUGCACGAAGCGCUUCAGUCAGACAAGCCACCUGAAUAAACACAUGAGGAGGACUCACUCUGGGGAGAAGCCCUACAAGUGUGACCAAUGCACGAAGUGCUUCAGUCUGAAAUGCAACCUGAAGAUCCACCUGAGGACUCACUCUGGGGAGAAGCCCUACAAGUGUGACCAAUGCACGAAGCGCUUCAGUCAGACAAGCCACCUGAAUAAACACAUGAGGAGGACUCACUCUGGGGAGAAGCCCUACAAGUGUGACCAAUGCACGAAGUGCUUCAGUCUGAAAUGCAACCUGAAGAUCCACCUGAGGACUCACUCUGGGGAGAAGCCCUACAAGUGUGACCAAUGCACGAAGUGCUUCAGUCUGAAAGGCACCCUGAAUAAACACAUGAGGAGUCACUCCAGGGAGAAGCCCUACAAGUGUGACCAAUGCACGAUGCGCUUCAGUCAGAAUGACAUCCUCAAGAACCACAUGACGACUCACUCCGGGGAGAAGCCCUACAAGUGUGACCAAUGCACGAAGUGCUUCAGUCUGAAAUGCAACCUGAAGAUCCACCUGAGGACUCACUCUGGGGAGAAGCCCUACAAGUGUGACCAAUGCACGAAGUGCUUCAGUGAGAAAGGCACCCUGAAUAAACACAUGAGGACUCACUCCGGGGAGAAGCCCUACGAGUGUGACCAAUGCACGAAGUGCUUCAGUGAGAAAGGCACCCUGAAUAAACACAUGAGGAGUCACUCCGGGGAGAAGCCCUACAGGUGUGACCAAUGCACGAAGUGCUUCAGUCUGAAAGGCACCCUGAAUAAACACAUGAGGACUCACUCCGGGGAGAAGCCCUACAACUGUGACCAAUGCACGAAGCGCUUCAGUCAGACAAGCCACCUGAAGCGCCACAUGAGGACUCACUCCGGGGAGAAGCCCUACAAGUGUGACCAAUGCACGAAGCGCUUCAGUUGGAAAGGCCACCUGAAGAUCCACCUGAGGACUCACUCCGGCGAGAAGCCCUACAAGUGUGACCAAUGCCCGAAGCGCUUCAGUCAGAAUUACGUCCUGAAGAACCACAUGAGGACUCACUCCGGGGAGAAGCCCUACAAGUGUGACCAAUGCACGAAGCGCUUCCGUCGGACAAGCUGCCUGAAGAGCCACAUGAAGACUCACUCCGGUGAGAAGCCCUACAAGUGUGACCAAUGCACGAAGUGCUUCAGUGAGAAAGGCACCCUGAAUAACCACAUGAGGACUCACUCCGGGGAGAAGCCCUACAGGUGUGACCAAUGCACGAAGUGCUUCAGUGAGAAAGGCACCCUGAAUAAACACAUGAGGAGUCACUCCGGGGAGAAGCCCUACAAGUGUGACCAAUGCACGAAGAGCUUCAGUCACCCAUUCAAACUGAAGAACCACAUGAGGACUCACUCCGGCGAGAAGCCAUACAGGUGUGACCAAUGCACGAAGUGCUUCAGUGAGAAAGGCACCCUGAAUAACCACAUGAGGACUCACUCCGGGGAGAAGCCCUACAAGUGUGACCAAUGCACGAAGUGCUUCAGUGAGAAAGGUACCCUGAAUAACCACAUGAGGACUCACUCCGGGGAGAAGCCCUACAGGUGUGACCAAUGCAUGAAGUGCUUCAGUGAGAAAGGCAGCCUGAAUAAACACAUGAGGAGUCACUCCGGGGUGAAGCCCUACAAGUGUGACCAAUGCACGAAGCGCUUCAGUCAGACAAGCCACCUGAAGACCCACAUGAGGACUCACUCCGGGGAGAAGCCCUACAGGUGUGACCAAUGCACGAAGCACUUCAGUCAUAGCUCCCUCCUGAAGAUCCACAUGAGGACUCACUCCGAGGAGAAGCCCUACAAGUGUGACCAAUGCACGAAGUGCUUCAAUCUGACAAGCCACCUGAAGUUCCACAUUAGGACUCACUCUGGGGAGAAGCCCUGCGUGUGUCUGCAGUGCAACGCCAGCUACAGCGACCCACGCACUUGCACUCACUCCGAGGAGAAGCCCUACAAGUGUGACCAAUGCCCGAAGCGCUUCAGUCAGAAUUACGUCCUGAAGAACCACAUGAGGACUCACUCCGGGGAGAAGCCCUACAAGUGUGACCAAUGCACGAAGCGCUUCCGUCGGACAAGCUGCCUGAAGAGCCACAUGAAGACUCACUCCGGUGAGAAGCCCUACAAGUGUGACCAAUGCACGAAGUGCUUCAGUGAGAAAGGCACCCUGAAUAACCACAUGAGGACUCACUCCGGGGAGAAGCCCUACAGGUGUGACCAAUGCACGAAGUGCUUCAGUGAGAAAGGCACCCUGAAUAAACACAUGAGGAGUCACUCCGGGGAGAAGCCCUACAAGUGUGACCAAUGCACGAAGAGCUUCAGUCACCCAUUCAAACUGAAGAACCACAUGAGGACUCACUCCGGCGAGAAGCCAUACAGGUGUGACCAAUGCACGAAGUGCUUCAGUGAGAAAGGCACCCUGAAUAACCACAUGAGGACUCACUCCGGGGAGAAGCCCUACAAGUGUGACCAAUGCACGAAGUGCUUCAGUGAGAAAGGUACCCUGAAUAACCACAUGAGGACUCACUCCGGGGAGAAGCCCUACAGGUGUGACCAAUGCAUGAAGUGCUUCAGUGAGAAAGGCAGCCUGAAUAAACACAUGAGGAGUCACUCCGGGGUGAAGCCCUACAAGUGUGACCAAUGCACGAAGCGCUUCAGUCAGACAAGCCACCUGAAGACCCACAUGAGGACUCACUCCGGGGAGAAGCCCUACAGGUGUGACCAAUGCACGAAGCACUUCAGUCAUAGCUCCCUCCUGAAGAUCCACAUGAGGACUCACUCCGAGGAGAAGCCCUACAAGUGUGACCAAUGCACGAAGUGCUUCAAUCUGACAAGCCACCUGAAGUUCCACAUUAGGACUCACUCUGGGGAGAAGCCCUGCGUGUGUCUGCAGUGCAACGCCAGCUACAGCGACCCACGCACUUGCACUCACUCCGAGGAGAAGCCCUACAAGUGUGACCAAUGCACGAAGUGCUUCAGUCGGAAAGGCCACCUGAAGAUCCACCUGAGGACUCACUCCGGCGAGAAGCCCUACAAGUGUGACCAAUGCCCGAAGCGCUUCAGUCAGAAUUACGUCCUGAAGAACCACAUGAGGACUCACUCCGGGGAGAUGCCCUACAAGUGUGACCAAUGCACGAAGCGCUUCCGUCGGACAAGCUGCCUGAAGAGCCACAUGAAGACUCACUCCGGGGAGAUGCCCUACAAGUGUGACCAAUGCACGAAGCGCUUCCGUCGGACAAGCUGCCUGAAGAACCACAUGAGGACUCACUCCGGGGAGAAGCCCUACAGGUGUGACCAAUGCACGAAGUGCUUCAGUGAGAAAGGCAGCCUGAAUAAACACAUGAGGAGUCACUCCGGGGAGAAGCCCUACAAGUGUGACCAAUGCACGAAGCGCUUCAGUCAGACAAGCCACCUGAAGACCCACCUGAGGACUCACUCUGGGGUGAAGCCCUGCGUGUGUCUGCAGUGCAACGCCAGCUACAGCGACCCACGCACUUUGCGUGUGCACAUGCUCAAGCACCGUUUGGCACGGGGUAACGGGACGCUUUGAUUGAGACCUCUGUCUUGCAUUGGUUUAAAUUACUGCUUUUAGUUUUUCUUUUCAUCACGAUGAAACGCUUUCAACUUUUGAUUUGCUUUCUGUUUUUAUUAAUAAUCGAUGUCUGUGUUGAAUAACUUAUUUCUAGGACACUUCUGACGGCAAAAUAUUUGAUUUAAUGUAGAGCUUGAUCAGGGGAAGAUACAGGCAGCAAAGUUACCAAGCAUACAGUCAAUGAGACGAUGGGUGUACAUGAUUCUUAUAGGAAAUGUUCACAUCGUGGGUAAAUACAAAGGAAACAAAGGUCAGGGGGAGGGGCCUUCGUGGAGUUUAGGAUUGGCCAGAGGAGAGACCAAGUUAAAUUGCAAUUCACAAUAUGGGUGAAGUGGACAUGGCUGCAAGACGGUUAAAGGAAUCUACACAACAAAGAAGUCUGGAUUGGCCUCAUUAUCAAACUAGGUGGCCACAGUUGCAAAUGCAAACUAUCUUAACACCUUUCUAUUAGAGAGGGCGGGAGGUAUCUCUAGGUCCAUGGAGAAUGCAUAGAAAUUCAUUGAAAUUGACAAAUUAUUCAAACAAGGUUCAUAUAAUUUUUAUAUUAAAGUUCUGCUUGAUAUUGCCACAACAUUGUCAUUAUCGCUAUCUUUGUUAUUACAAAAAAACGCAUAGUAAACUUGUGAAAUAGACUGAGAUUGUACCCCACACCAUACAUGAUUGUGUUCAUUUCACUUACCUUUCCAUUCCGUGUGCUUAGAAGUAGAAUCUUUAUUUGUCAUUGGGUUAAAUACAGUGUAUUUACGCAACGAAAUUAAGGUGCAGAUCUUGUUCAGUGCUUUUAAAAAAAAUAAAAAGAAUAAAUAGAAUACAGUACGAAAUAUUAAUAAAUCUAACAACAAUAACCCCUCCCCCUGCCUUCCACUUAAGGCACAUUCAAGUGUCCUACACCCUCCCCUCCCUCCCAGACAACAACCAACAACCCCUUCUGCCCACAUAUAUCUAAAUAGCAGCAGGUCCAGGAAGGUAAGCAUAACGAGGAACCCGGGCAGCUGCACCGGUUGCACCGUCGAUAUUUACGCCAUUGAUUAAUAAUAUCUUCACCAUUAAAUAAAUGCCGAAUCUGUAUCUCUCAUGAAGAAUAUCGUCAGACAAUGCAAAGGGAUCGGUUCUGUCGCGAAAAACCCUCUGUCUCCGGAGAGACGCCUGUACGAUAAGUGCGUCGAGGUCCAUGGGAACACCCACAAAUGGUGACGCCAUUAUCGGAGGAGGGGCUAGGAAGCUGCGCACGCCGAUAUAAGUAGGCGAUCUCCGGGUAGACUCGCUGAAAAGCUGCUCCCGACCAGGUUUGGUUGCGAGCACAGGUCACCAUGGUGAUACAGCGACGCUUAAAGAGAUCAACUUUCAUGGUACAGCUAACCCAGGCUUUCAGCUCAACAUACCUCGCUAACCCUCUAAUCGAGCUUCGUAGUACAGGCCCCUGGAUUGGGCUUCGCGGGUUUGUUAGCCGGCGUUUCUAUUGUUACCGGUGUUGCGUGUUCCAAAGGUUUAUAAAUCGCUGUCUAAUCAAUACUUCAUUCACUGCCUCUUCCGUGGUUAUUACAAUAUUAUGAAUAGACUGCUGUGUAAAAAAUAAUAAUAAUAAUUAUACCAGAUACAUUUUCAGUCGCACCGGUGCGCCCAAAUAAAAUAUUUGGUCGCACUACCCCGAAUUCUAGGCGCAUGUGCGCCCAAAUUAGGCGCACUCUGGAGCCCUGCCGGUACGCCGUCGGGUCCUGCCGCCUUCCUCGGGUUCACUUUCCUCAGUGUCCUUCUAACCUGAUGUUCCUGGAUGGUCAGCGGGGUGUUGGUGAAGGCUGGGGGGUGGGCGUUGGUUGACUAUCCGCCUCAAACCGGGCAAAGAAACUGUUUAAUUCCUCUGCCCUUGUAGCAUUAGAGUUGGUAGUUGUGAUGUUGUGGCCCUUGUAGUUAGUGAUGUGCUGUAUUCCCUGCCACACCUGACGAGGGUUUUUGUCCAUGAUGUAGCCCUCUAUUUUCCUUUUAUAUGCUAACUUAGCAGCCCUUAUGCCCCUCUUUAGGUUCGCUCUGGCUGUGCUGUACUGAGCCCUAUCUCCUGACCUGAAAGCAGUGUUGGGGUCCUUGACAGUGUUUCUUUAAUACUCUUGGUAGGAUAACAAACCUACCAUGAUUUAUCGUUCCUUAUGUCGUAUGGUCAUGUACAGGGGUUGGGUUUGUGUCGGGUCUCUUCUUUUUCUGUUUACUAAUUAUUUGUGUGUGUGUGUGUGUGUGUGUGUGUGUGUGUGUGUGUGUGUGUGUGUGUGUGUGUGUGUGUGUGUGUGUGUGUGUGUGUGUGUGUGUGGAAAGUUCAUAAGCCAGAGGGAAACUGAGCUGGAGCAGUGAAUUUCUGUUUUUCUUUUCUUGUUUGAUGGUUUCGGUUCAUCUGUUCAAAUAUUGUUUGGUCCAAAAGCUUUGAUUUCUUUUAACAAACGAGCUGAACAUCAUCAUCAUCAUGAUAAUUAUAAAAAACUAUCAUUUGAACUUCAUUAUUUAUUGCUUGGGAUUUUUUCUUGCAUUUAUUCUGUUUGUAUUAUUUUUAACCAUGUUUAAUAAAAUCGAAAUUACGGGGAAAGGUUACCUCCCCUUCCUCUUAUUUUGCCCGCCCAGAUUAUUUGCCCUGACCGCCCAUGAGAAAAUUAGUUAAGAACGUGUUCACAUAGUUCUUUCCUUGAGAGACACCGUGGCUUGCAAACGAGCGAAUCAUCGCAGUUGCUCAGUGUUUGGAUAUACAAAACCUCUAAAAAACUGCGAUGCCUUUAGAGACCGUAGCACUCAUCGCAACGCCACCUCAGAGAGUCUGGGUGUGGACGCCCCUGGCUCCUCCCACAUGUCCAGUCACAGCGAGGAGCUGAAGAUUCUGAGUGUCUACGGAAAAGGGGAGGGCCCACUGGCAGAGGACGGCCAUGACACCCUCUUCACCGCGUCAGAAGUGGAGGCCCUGAACUCGCUGUCUGCGGACCACAGCGUGGCCAAGAGCCUGGAGCGCGGCGAGCGGCUGGUCUGCCUCGAGGAGCUGAGUGUGCAGGUUGGAAAUCAUCUUCUCAUUCACCCUCCAAAAGAGAGGCUUCCUCUGUUACAACUCUAAAACAAUCCCAUAGAAAGCCCAAACCUUUAUGAUUCAGUAGAUGUUUUUACUCUGCCAAUUAUGCCCGUCUUAUGCCCAACUAAUCUGUCGGUAGUGGGGAUCGA